UUCUAAGUCAAAUAAAAAUAGAAUAUUCGAAUUUACGGCUCUUCGAAACCCUUUGAUCCCCCAAAAUACCACCACCCAAUUCCAAAUCCAUUAAAUUAGAGCACUCCCGCUCAAAAUUUUACCAUAAUUUGAGCAAUCUUCUCUAAUAGAAAAAAAUUGACGCGGAGAGAUCAGCAGCCACCGCACCACCGGAGUACAUCCACACGUCGCACAGAUCGUCACCAGCGCCCACCGGAACAGCGCCGACCUCCCACAGAACGAGUCGACGGCGAUCCCACAUACGCUCAAAGCAACCCAACCACCACACGCAGCACUACAGGAUCCCUGGACAUUUCCAUUGCAAGUGGUACCUGCCACAUCAAAAUCAUUGCAUCCAUUUGAAGUUUACUCAACAUGAAGUUCUUGGAAUACACUCCUUUGGAUCGGUUAAAUGAUUUCCUAAGUCAUUUAAACCUUGGAGAGCGUACCAUUAAAGGAUGCCUUGAAGCUUACUCCUGCAAACACACGGGAACUGAUAAGAAACUGUCUCUCAGCUUGGAGAAUGAGAUGCUUGAUUAUCUAGGGAAAUCUUCAGACACUGACUCUUCCUUGCCAGCUGAUUUCCUGUUGAGCAGAUCCAGCCGGAAGACAUUGAUCUACCUGGUUCUUACACUGAAUCACAUGUAUCCGGAUUAUGAUUUCAGUGCGGUGAAAGCUCACCAGUUCUUCACGGAGGAAAGCUGGGACAUUUUUAAGCAGAUUUUUGAUACCUACAUGUUUGAAGCAUCAAAGGAAUGGAUCGAGACUAAUGGGGGCAGUUCCCUGCUGGAGGCCUUGUACAAGGCUCUUGACGAGGUUGUAAAACUAGCGGAAUGCGAAAUUUACAGUUACAACCCGGACUCUGAUGCAGAUCCGUUUCUAGAGAGAGGAGCCAUAUGGUCUUUCAAUUUCUUCUUCUAUAACAGAAAACUAAAGCGCGUCGUGAGUUUUCGUCUUUGCUGUUUGAGUAAUUUGGUGGCCGAUGAAUUUCUUAUGGUUGAAUUACCUUGUGAGGAAGAUGGGGAGAUUUUUGAUGACAUGGACAUGUGAGUAGGGUGAGCUGUUAAGAUGAUGUCUAUAUGUGAAGACCGUCAACAUAUCUGUAGUUGUGUAACUAUAAGUGCUGCACUCUUGAGGCUUGGUUGGUAGGAUUAGGUUUUCUACUUUUCAUGUAUGCAUUUGUUGUAGCUGCUGUCAUUGAGUUAGGAACGAUGCGGUCUAUGUAAAUGUAUGUCAAAUAUAAUCCAGGGUUGUAAGCUGAUAUGAAACAACUCAUGUUUCUGGGAGACAUUCCUCAAUGUCUCCCAGAAAUGAUGUUGAUAUUAUCGAACUGUCCGCUUAUGUAUGUGUCA